CCGUGCUUUUUCCUUGGUGAGGGACUAUUGCAUGAGGGGCAUCUGCCCGUCUGGCUUUGUGACAUUCUACACGUCUAAUUCAGAACGGGGCCAUUGUUCUCUAGUACAAACCACCAAGGAAAAAAACGGUGGCGGCAUCAUCUUGCAACUAUUCUUCACCUUGCGAAGAUUUGAAUAGCUUUCCUUCAUCAACCCAAUUACCUCGUGUUUAUAUCUCUUAAGCAACCAUGUCCAACGAAUCCGAAUCUGAGGCGGUAGCCCUGGCCUUCCGGGAGGCCGUUGAGGAUCUUCAAGGCUUCGCCAGAAAUGAAAUUAAUACGUUGACAAUGAUUGCACGAGAGAAUACUGAACAUGCACACGCUAUUUCUGGAGCACUUCAAGAACAUAUCAAGCGAGUCAUCCCUCCUAAGAAGUUGCCGGCCUUGUACCUCCUUGACUCGAUCGUGAAGAAUGUAGGCACACCAUACACGCUCUACUUCGGCAGAAAGCUCUACCAGACCUUCAUGGAUGCGUAUGCCUCAGUCGAUAUGGCUACACGACGCAAGAUGGACGAGAUGCUUCGGACUUGGAAGGAACCUGUUCCAGGCUCUCUCGACACCAGACCCGUGUUUCCCCCCGACGUUACACGUCCCAUUGAGAAUGCCCUCAUCAAGGCAAGAACAACAGCGUUGCAGACGCAGCGAGAGCAUGCGCGAGGUCAGCAACAGUUGUUUGGCCGUGGAAGACCGAUGAAUCAGGGAAUGCCUUAUCGCGAAACCCCUACUCCACCAGGUGUUCAUCUGCCUCCUCAAGUCAACGGUUACCCAACUCCUACACCACUUCCUACUACCAAUGGUUCAUCGUACCCCCAUCCGGCCCAGUCAUCGGCCGGCUACCCGCCACACAUCAGUCAGCCUCCCCCAUCCAGAUCAACACCACAACCCAUGCCAACAACAAUGGCCUUUCAACCACCACAAUUAGGAGGCUAUGGUGUACCACAGGCUGUAAUCAGCAUAGAUGCUUUAAAUGAUGACAUCCAGAGGCUGAUCUCGGCCUCCAAGGCGCAGAUUGCGCAAGCUCCGCAUGAUCCUAGUAUACAGAGAAGGCUGAAGGCGUUGGUGGAUUUGCAAACAAUACUUCAGACCCAGAACCUGCCACAGGAUCAGUUAGUGCUUGUUAAGAAUCAAAUUGCUGAUCUUGCCGUGACUAUAAGAGCACCCCCUGCCCAGACGUCUACCCCUACCCCUGUACCACAACCCGUAGCAGUAGCCCCUCCGCCGGCAGCGGCGCCAAAGAUUUCUAUAGAUUCUUUGUUUGGUCCAGGUGCCCUAGCUACUCUGUUGGCUCGAAAGUCUACCACGCCACAAGCGUCUACACCUUACCCCCCUCCCCCGGCCGUUCCCGUCCCAACUCCGCCUCCUCAACGAGUUGAGCCUCAGAAGCCCGUUGUCACUCACCCGCCGCCGCCUCCGCCGAUUCCCACUGAUCCGAUGGCACUCAUGAACAUGUUGAGACAAGCUGGUAUGCUUCCGGCUGCGCCGCCGGCUAGUAAUUCAACUUCAGUUUCUCACCCUACGCCGCCGAUCCCCUUUCCCGUGCCGAUCAACAUUCCGGGGAUGCCUCCGGUCGGUCGGCCGGUUGGUCCCGUGACACUCGAGUCUCUUACGAGUGAUAUCGUCCUGAGACCUUCGUCUCUCAAACAGUUCCGUCCCCAUCUGCUACCUUUCCUUUUCGGAUCUCUGGGACCUCAAUGCUCCCAGUGUGGCCGACGAUUCCCGAAAGAUGAGGAGGGUAAAAAGAAGAAGACUGCCCACAUGGAUUGGCAUUUCCGAGUGAAUCAGCGCAUUGCAGAGGUUGAGAAGCGGGGUCAACAUCGAAGUUGGCUAGUCGAUGAGAUGGACUGGAUCAAAACUCGGGAGACGAUUGAUAAGGACCACGUAGCCCCGUCUACGGACUCUAACGCAGCAACGGGUGGUUCUGCACCCAAGGUCCCCAAAUUACAGUACAUACCGGUCCCCGAUGACCCUAGCCUGGCAAACAGCGUUUGUAGCAUCUGCCAGGAGAAAUUUGAGACGCGAUGGUUGGAUGACGCUCAGGAGUUCGUGUGGCCUGAUACUAUGAAAGUUGGCGAGAAGAUUUACCACGCCAGUUGUUACCAAGAGGCGUUCAGGGGUAGUGGAAACACGCCGUCGUAUGCUCGGGGCACGCCUGAGCCGGUCACGGGAAAGCGUAAAGCUGAGGUGAGUUUUAGAAAGACUACGUCUCGGAAUCUUCGAAGGGCCUAUAACUAAUACGACACAAGCAGGAUGAAUUAACUUCGACAACACGAAGCAAGGUCAAGGUGGAGGGUACUUAGAUUGCACCCCCAACUCCGGUUUCCCUCGGCAAGAGGCGUCUUAUUUCGAAGGGACGCCCAAGCGCCGCAAAGAAGCGCGCCACUCCGGACCGCUCGCGUGUG